AAGCUGAACUAGGAAAAGGCCGUUUUUGAAAGGUGGGAGCGCUUGGGAUUCGACUUACCUGUGUCGCCUAGCAAAUUUUAUUAUGAUAGUUGUCAAUAAUACGCGUCGUCUAUCCACAUCAUGUAAUGUUUUAUCUCGAAGUUUAUCGAAACUUGCAGUGAACCUGGGGAUAACAUUAAGAGAUUACCAAUUAGAUGCAAUCGAUAAGGUGAAAGGAGCCAUAUCCCGAGGUGUAAGACGACAGGCAGUGGUGUUGGCAACAGGGGGAGGGAAGACUAUAGUAUUUUCCCAUUUAAUACCGGAGAUAUCAGCAGCAGGUCGAGGAAAUAAAACUCUUGUUCUUGCCCAUAAGGAAGAACUAAUUUUCCAAGCAGCGAAGACUAUAAAAGAUAUCAAUAUGAAUUUGAAUGUUGAUAUUGAUAUGCGAAAAUCCAAGCCGAGUCCAGAUUCUGAUGUUAUAGUCGCUUCUAUACCGACGUUGGUAAGAAAAACCCGACUCGAAUGGUACAACCCAAAAGAUUUCAAGUUGAUAAUACUAGAUGAAUGCCACCAUGCAACCGCUUCUUCAUGGUCCAAAAUUCUUAAAUACUUUAAUGCUGACUCGCCUGAGCUGGAAAUUUAUGUGCUAGGUUUUACAGCCACAUUAGAAAGAAGUGACGGAAGGUCAUUAGGAACCAUAUUCGAUGAGAUUGUCUUCAAUAGGGGACUUCUCACCAUGGUGCAAAAUGGAGAAUUAGCAGAUGCAAAAUUUUCAUGUGUUGAUAUAGAUGUUGAUUUAACUAAAGUUGCAACUAAGAAAGACGAUUAUGAAAUUACUAGUUUAUCGGAAGCAAUAAAUACCGACAAGGUUAACUUACUUGUUGCGAUGUCCUAUAUUAAGUUAAAAGAGAAAUAUGGUUUCAAUUCGACAUUGAUGUUCUGUGUUGAUAUAGCUCAUUGCAAAACUCUAUGUGGUGUUUUACAACGUCAUGGUAUUAAUGCACAGUAUGUUACAGGAGAUACGGCUAAGCAUGAAAGAGCAUCAAUAAUCAAUGAUUUCAAGAAUGGGAUCAUCGAAGUGUUGUGUAAUGUCAUGGUAUUUACCGAAGGAACUGAUAUCCCAAACAUUGACUCGCUUUUCUUAGCUCGUCCUACAAAAUCAAGACCUUUAUUGGUUCAAAUGAUAGGGAGAGGAUUGAGACUUCAUAAAGGGAAGAAAUACUGUCAUAUUGUGGAUAUCGCAGGUACUAGAGGAACUGGAGUUCAAUCUGUCCCCAGGUUAUUCUCAUUACCAACCGAUUAUCAAAUAAGAGAUAAGACAUUCCAAGACUUAUCCAAAGAGAAAGAAGAAUAUGAUAUCGAACAGGAGAAGCUAAAACUUCAAGAGAUUAUUAAAAAAGAGAAGCUACGGAGAUUAGAGGAAGAAGCUACCUUUUUGAAGACAAAGCGAUUGGGUCAGUUACGGACCGAUUUAAACUUAAAGUUCACGACGUUCGACGGGUUUAUAUCCCUAGAGUCUGAAUCUGUAACUGAAUUCAAUAAUGACCAACUGGUCAACAAGAUCCUCAGAGAAAGUUCAAUCGACUGGGUUAGAUUUGAAUACGAUUCCUGGGGCUGCCAAUGUGGCAACGAUAAGUUUCUCCUUCUAAGAAGAAAAACUGUUAAUGAAACAGACUACCAUUUUGUAUUAUCUUUAAAUGUGUUCCAUUCUGCCAGAGAGAGAGAAGUUUUCAAGUAUAGUAUUCCAAAUUACUAUCAAGAGUCCGAAUUAGAACAAAAUUCAAACUUGCGAACAGUUUGUGCUAAAGCAGAAUCGUUGAUAUCCACCAUUUUACCCGUUUAUAGAAAUUUUCAACACAAAUCUGCCAUCACUAAGAAACAAGCAGACUACUUGUCCAGAAAAAUGAAUACCAAGCUUGGCCAUUAUUAUACCAAGACCCCUGAGCUUGAAACUAAACUAAAGAGCUCAAUUCAAAUGUUCGACAAAGACAGAGCAUCUAAAUUGAUCUUUGCAUUUAAAUUCUCCCUGAAAUCUUUAUGGAUCAGAUGGGAAUUACAAAGACUACUUGGACCAGAUAAUAGAACCCAAAGAACAGUGAAAAAGCUAGUGGGCAAAGACGGCUUGACAGGUAUAUCGUCUUCAGCAGCCCAUUCUUUUGCUGCAAAUUCAUAGCUGUACAUAGAUUAUUAGAUUUGCG